AAUCAACUGAGGUAGAAAGGUAAAGAAACAGCCACGUCGGAAAGGGGGUUUAACGGGACAAAGAUAGGGUUAGUAAAGGGAAACGAAAGAGAGAUGGGGGAAAGGAUCAAGGAAGAGGCCAUGGAGAUUAUUACCGCUUUCUCCUCCUCUUCCCUUCCCCGUUUAGUCGUCUUUGAUCUCGAUUACACUCUCUGGCCUUUCUACUGCGAAUGUCGGUCCAAGCGUGAAAUGCCCAAGUUGUAUCCGCAGGCUAAAGGUGUAUUGCUUGCACUCAAGGAGAAGGGAAUUGAUAUGGCUAUAGCGUCUAGAUCGCCAACGGCAGAUAUAGCAAAUACGUUUCUGGACAAAUUGGACAUCAAGUCUAUGUUUGUAGCUCAGGAAAUUUACUCAAGCUGGACACACAAAACAGAGCAUUUUCAAAAGAUCAACAGGCUAACUGGGGUGCCAUUCAAGUCUAUGCUCUUUUUCGAUGACGAGCAUCGCAACAUAGAAGCGGUGUCGAAGAUGGGAGUGACAAGCAUUUUAGUUGACAAUGGAGUUGAUCUUAGAGCUUUUAGACAAGGGCUUGCAGAAUUUUCUCAAAAUUCUGGUUCAUCUGCAAGGGACAAGCAGAAGUAGUUGACUAGUACGGGGAGUGGGUCAUACGUCGUGAUUGUGCUUUUGUUACUUACUACCUUUAUAUUGUUGUGGCGGCUUCCACCAUAUUGAUGGCUGAAACCAUUGCUCAAAUAUGGUUGAUGACCAGUGUUUAUUGUAAUACAAUAUGUUACAAAUAUCUACAUAAAAUAUAUACCCAUGCAGUGUUAGAGGUGAUUAAUUUUUUUUACAA